AUGCUGUCUGUUGACCUUCAAGCUUCUCAGUGCAGCAAAGGGUUGCUGGCGUAUACUGCUGCUGAUGCUGCUGCUGCUGAUGAUGCCGUUGAUGAUGCUGUUGCUGUUGCUGAUGCUGCUGACGCUGCUGUUGCUGCUGUUGCUGCUGUUGAUGUUGCUGCUGUUGCUGAUGCUGAACCUGCUGUUGCUGCUGCUGCUGCUGCUGCUGUUGCUGCUGCUGCUACUGCUGCUGCUGCUGCUGCUGCUGCUGCUGCUGCUGCUGCUGCUGCUGCUGCUGCUGCUGCUGCUUCUGCUGCUGCUGCUGCUGCUGCUGCUGCUGCUGCUGCUGCUGCUGCUGCUGCUGCUGCUGCUGCUGCUGCUGCUGCUGCUGCUGCUGCUGCUGCUGCUGCUGCUACUGGUGCUGCUGCUGUUGCUGCUGCCACUGAUCCUUUUGCUGCUGCUGAUGUUUCUUCUGGUGCUGCUGCUGCUGCUGCUGCUGGGGGUGAUGGUAGUGCUGCUGGUGCUGCUGGUGCUGUUGCCACUGCAUCUGUUGCUGCUGCUGGUGCUGCUGCUGGGGGUGGUAGUGCUGCUGGUGCUGCUGUUGCUGUUGCCACUGCUCCUAUUGCUGCUGCUGCUGGUGGUGUUCACCUUGCAUCUGCUUCACGAGGGGACCCUGCAGCUGCACUGGCUGCUGCACUGGCUGCUGCAGGUGCGCUUGCUGCUGCAUCGGCUGCUGCAGGCUGUGCCGCCCUUCCAGUCCGUGAGAGAAGAACCCCAUGUCCUGAAGUACAGCACGCUGCAUCUGCUUCAAUAGCAGUCCGUCGUGCUGCUCCAAAGCAGGCACGGUGGCGGCAUAUGCUUGAGGCACCUCAAAGCUCGGCUGUUGCAUCUCGUGCAUCGGGUGAGGACCCUGGUGCACGUAAGGACCCUGCUGCACGUGGGGACCCUGCUGCAAGUGGUGACCCUGGUGCAUGUAAGCAACUGCGCUCUGGUUCUGCCACGCUUCGAACCUAA